CACGAGCGCUGCGUUCCGGGCUAGUCCCAGAUACACGGCGUUCCAACGGCACACCGGAGCCUCCUCCGUGGGCGAGCGUUACGUUCCCCCGUGGGAUGCCGUCGAGCCGGGUCCUGGUACGUCAGUCUCGCCGCCGCUACCGCUGCUCGUGGCCCCACUGCCUGUUGUGUCUAUGCAGCAUCUGCGUGCUCGUUACGAUAAUAGUGCUCGCCGCGCAGUCUAUCUAUGUGUAUCCCUCGUGCGAGGAUCCUUCGUGUUGGGAUUUCACGACAAGCCUAUACAGGUCACUCAACUACACCGCGAGUCCAUGCGACAACUUCUACCACUUCGUCUGCGACGGCUGGAAGUCUAGCCAUGGUCCCAAUGAAUUCGUCUUCUCCGAGCUCCAAGCCAUGGUGGCGCACGCAGCCGUCAACAGUUUGUUGCGUGUGGGCCACGCGCCAUCGUUGCGACAGACGGCUGUGCAGAAGGCAGCAGUCAUGUUCAAGACCUGCGUCCAGGUGCUCAUGAAUCGCGUGGACAACACAGAGAGCCUCAAAAGUUUCCUGCGGUCGCUAGACCUGCUCGCACCACGGCCGGAGACAUUGGACGUCCUGGACGUCAUAGUGGGGCUGGCACUCGAUUGGAACAUACCUGUCUUCCUUCAAAUGUCCGUCGAGCAUGACACCGCCUUGGACGGCAUGCAGACACUGUACUUUUCUAGGAGUCGUCACCUCAUGGACUGGUUCCUUCGCAGAAGCCGCAUGGAUGGCUGGGCGUUGUACAACUACGUUGUUUCCUGCUCACAGUUAGUCGAUUAUCAGUUCAAUCCAGAGGCGCUCAUAUUCUACGAGAACUACAUCAUGUCGUCACUCGGAGCGCUGACCGAAACCGCUCACGUCACCCAAACAGUAAAACUCGCGGAGUUGGAGAAUUACACCCCGGGCAUCUUGUCCUCCGAGUGGCUAGAUGUCAUCAACAGGCACCUACCCGAAGCUGCUCUUCUGAAGGGUUCGGACACGAUCCGCAUAGCUGACGUCGGUUAUUUCCGCGUUGUGAGCGAGACCAUCCUGGACGACAGGCGCAGACGUAACGGACACCUCCUGCUUUACGUCGCAUGGUUUGUGAUUCAGUUUCUUGGACCAUUCGCCUCCUUGUCGCUGGUCACGCCAAGCUUCGCCAGCCUCAAGGACGCCAGGAAUUAUAUCUUCUUCCGAUGCUUCGAGGAGCUCAACCAUCUGAUGCCGUACGCAUUCGGGGCCCCAUUUGCUGUGGAGAGCGUUCCCGUCAAGGCUCGCGACGACGUGCUCACCAUGGUCCUGCUUGUCAAGAACGCGCUCAAGGAUUCUUUCCUCACAAGCAAGUGGAUGGACAACGCGACGCGGAACAUCGCUAUACUCAAGUUGCACACCAUGCGAACCAUCGUUGCCUACCCUGACAUGGUUAUCAACUCCCUCGAUGACUACUAUGCUUACACACCUGAUUCAAGUUCAGUGUUUCUCGAUUCGCGCAUGCGCUCCUGGUACGUAACCAUGCGCAUCCGGAAGGACAGACUGUGGAAGCCACGCACGUUCGACUACGAUUUCCGGUUGACCGACGUGAAUGCCUUCUACCAGCCCCUAACAAACACCAUGAUCAUACCAGCAGGCAUCAUCAACAGCCCAUUUUACAGCGCCAAGUACCCUAUCAGCGUCAAUUUCGGUGGUCUGGGUCAUGUGAUUGCGCACGAGAUUGUGCACGGCUUCGAUGACGACAGCAUUAGGGAACCCAAGAAUGGCCUGUCGCGUGACUGGUGGACCAUGGACGCCCGCGCACAGUACGAGCAGCGCGUGCGUUGCCUCAAGCGCAUGUACUUCCCACUUGGGCUGAACAUGCACGACCGCAGCGCCAUCAUGUCCGAAGACAUCGCAGACUCCGUGGGUCUCGCGCAGGCGCAAAAGGCGUAUCGCUCGCUGCGCCCCAAGAACGCCGUCGUCAGCCGUGAUGCGCCGCUCAUGAGCCGCUUCACCCAGGAUCAGGCGUUCUACGUGAUGAGCUGCUUCAAGUGGUGCUCGAACCGCAGGGAGGCCGGCCGCGGAUACUCGAUCGAUGAACUGCGCUGCAACGUUCCCCUCAAGAACAUCCCCGACUUUGCCAGGGCGUUCAGUUGCCGCCGAAAUGACCCCAUGAACCCAGCGCACAAGUGCAAGUUCUGGUGAUAGUGCGUCGUCUGGCAUCCUCAAUAUUUUUUUUUUGUCGAGUUUGUCUAACCGUGUUCAGUAUAGCGACUCGGUAUUUCAAUUUUCUCACUGUAUGUACAGGAAUUUACCUUAUUAGUGUUACAACUUGAGCAUUUUAAUACGGGUGCAUUUAUAUCUAUUCGAAGUUUGAUAGUCUUAGCGGCACGGAACUGUCGUUAAUAAAUGCUAGCUACAUUGAAUACAUGUGAAUACAACUAGAUUAGAACUAAGGCAUGCAGCUUUACUAUACGUUGCGUUACGAUGCGUUGCAACGACGACAGUGUAAAAAUCGUCGGCCCUUCCAUUCCGUGUAGAUGAAUGAUAAGCGAAGCUUGUCCCUUUGUAUAACUAACCGCCCCUUUGUCAUCAACUUUGUUUACUUGAUUGUGCCCUUGUGAUUAACGAAGCGUACAGUGUGUGGAUACCGGUGACAUCAAUGAAGACAAGUUGUCUGUGAAAUACGUGUUUAUGAAACAUCGGAAACUUCACCGAUAAAUUGUUUGCAAAUGAGCAGAGUAUCCUUGUGAUCGCUGCGGUAUACUUCAAGGGGUUCGGUCAUCUCGAUGUCACAAUGUCAUUUGCAAAUUUCAAAUCUAUGCACGUACGUCUUAUAGUGGUGGGGACGUUCACCUGAGUGCAACAUCGAAGUGCGAAGCGUUCAAAGAUGAAUGUAAUCAGCCACUGUCGUUCUGGUUUGGAGAUGUCCCCGUUGAAGUCUU